GUUGCUGUUGAGGCUUAUUUGAUUUAAACUAACUUUUUUUUUUACAUCAACCAAUUGCCUGAAUUACUAGAAAAUUGUUAUUGUACAUCCUUUUAAAAAACAAGCUUGCAGAGUCAUAACGAGGCUAAGCAGUUGACAACGAGGCUACUGUCAGGAGGGGCAACAAUAUUUCUGCACGCUGGCCGGUAGAUUUUAUGGUCAGCCAAAAGCAUGCUGUACCUUUACACGGACAGUAAGAAGAUAUAAGGAGCAUGCAGCCAACAAAAAGUGGACAGGCAAUAAGCCAUUAGAGUCGAACCACCAGUACUGAGCAGUGUUGCAGUAAAGAGGGAGGGAGACAUCAAAAAUGGGAGUCAGAGGCUUGCUAAGUUACUGCCUUUGCAACCAAGAGCAAUGUGUGGAAUACUAUGAUCUGAUUGAAGAGGCAAACAGGAAAGGGGGCCUAGAAAUUUUGAUCGAUUAUUACAGUUUUCAACAGAUGAUACUCACCAAUUUCUGGAAGAGCCUCAGAGCUGUCAAACACAACCCAUACCUAAGAUUAGAAGGUGGUGAAUACAGCACACUAGAUGCCUACUUGUCAAAACUGGUGCAAGACCUUCAGUCCCUUGGCAUCCACAUGGUGUUUUACAUAGAUGGAGCCAAGGGGAGUUCAUAUUUUUCCACACAGCAGAAACUGGAAACUUGGAAGUCGAGACACUACAAGGAGCUGAGGACACUGAAGCAGCUGACCGAUGUGUGUAAAGGAGUAAUGGAUAUACAGGCUUUACCAGACGAUGUGAAUGUCCGUCCUGUGUUACUAGAAGUCCAAGUAUUAGGCACACUGAAAAAAUGCAACUGUGAGAUCAUACAGAACAGCUGUGGAGAAGCGGAUUUUGUGAUUGCUGAAGGUUUGAUUCACAGGCCCAAAGCGUUUGCAGUACUGAGUAAUGAUUCUGACUUUUGUAUCAUGCAGAACUCAAGGUUUAUUCCAAAUGAGCUCUUUGAUUUGGAUAAUGCUAUACAAUUAGGACAGGCCAGUUUACUCCCACAAAAGCCAAUAAGCCUAAAAGUUGGGGUGAUAACCACAGAAAGAGUUUUGCAGUUGUUUGGUUUUAGAAGUCAUAGGCUACUUGUUGACUUGAGCAUUGUCAAUGGAAAUGACUUCACAGCCCAUUAUAUGAAAAGCCUAUAUAACCUACUUGAUGUGCGGGGUGCUAAGAAAGUGGAGAACUUUGCAGGCUGGAUGAGGCAUUACAAAGGAAUUGAAAACCAUCCUAUACUUGCAAGAGAAUUGCAAUAUAACCCUCAAUUUGCCACGGCUGUCAUGACUUCCAGGCAGUUUUACACUUUGACUGCUCCGCCAGACAGACCAACCAUGAAGUGCCCCCUCUCAGAGUAUCUAGAACAAGCUGUACAGCAUGGUGCUCUACCCUCAAAUAUCAUGGCCAUGCAUAGCAAUUUCUACUGGCAUCGCUUUCUGCUUGAGGACUCCACUCCAGGUCUUCCAUGUGCAGAGGUGGCAUUACAGAGUUUGAGAACAUUUAUCUACAGAAUGGUUCUCCCAAGAUAUGAAAAUUAUGUGUAUGAAUAUGGAAGGACACCAGAUUCAGACCUGAAGACCAUUCAGGUGCACGCUGCCCAUGCAAGCCUACCACCAGUUAGCAAUAUCAAACCAGACAGAACAUUUGAAAGCUUGAAAUUGUUUCAUAGAAUAAUGAUGCACCAAGAGCCAGACUUUGAGCUGAACUUCUUUCAACGUUAUGGUCGCAAGAGCGGAUUUAUUUUCUGUAUACUGCGUUAUUUCCUGGUGCUGAAUUGGGGUCAGAACCUAUAUAUAACACCUGUGGAGUUUCUGUCUGUCCUGGCAACAGCUUUUGGUUGGGAGCACCACAAAGACCAGUGGUACCAGAACAUUGCCAUCAGACCUUCGAGCAGGUGUGUCACCAUUGGGAACUGGUUCCAGGCUCUUUACAGAUAUGCUUAUAAUUUCCUGGGCCAAAUGUUGUACUUGAAUCAAGAAUUCCCUCCCCCUCAUGAAAUAUUUGCUGGAGCUAGAUGGACAGCUUUUUACAUGAUAAUGUACCCACAAGAUAUCUAUGAAAACCCUAUUGCUGUUCCUUGUGACAUGUUGCAAACAGUUGAACUGGACAGAAGUAAGAUCAUUGAAGAAAAGAAGCAUAUGAUUCGCUGGCUGGUUCAAGGAUGUUUUCCAUUUAGAGACUAAUUCCUUAUUGGGCAGAAUUGUUUCUUGAUUGAAAACUUAUUCCUUGUGAACAAAACUGAUUAAGAGGCACGUAAAUGCAUUUAAAAUGUGAACGCUAAAACAAAAUCUUUCAAAUAUACAAUUUAGAGGUUUUCCAGAUCUCGAAGGAAUCUAGUCUCAUAGGUUGAAGGGAAAGUUCAGUAGAUAGUUACAGAGGUUUUGCCUUAAUUUUAUGUCAGUCUUACUCUACUUGAACUAGUAUGUUUUUUUUAAAUGUAUGUUGCAAUAAUGAAAGAAAGUCUCCUUUGCUCAACUUUUGUCCUUUAUUGUGUCAAACUCAUCCAUAGCAAACUGCUUCAGUGAAUAUACUAAUAAACCAUUUUCAAAGUGAAUGCAACUAAAUUAUACAGACAUUAUCUCUCACAUUUGAUAAAUUGAUUACCUUGUCCCCUAGUUCAUAACUGGUGCCCAGCACUGAUAUAAAUUAGCACAAUGAUAGUUUUUUACUAUCUUAUUAUUUUUUUCUCAGAAUCUUCUGUAUUACAGGUGUACACAUAAAAUAUACCUAGUGCUUUAACUGCACAAUAAAAUAAUCCCAUCAAUUACAUAUCUCUUUAUUUUAAGAUGAAUAUCUUUUCAUCAAUCCUUUUACAAGACAAAAUUACUUCAAGAAUGUACAACUUCAGCAGCUUCAUGCUUUUAAAACUGGCUUCAUUCCAGUUAGUGCUGGACACUUGCAUAUGAUUGACAUGCUUCAUAAAUCAAAAGACCCGAAGUAAAAACUCAAAUACUCCCAAAAAUCGACUUCCUAAAAAGUACCUCAAUACAUUAUCCAACAAGGUUCAUCACAUUUUGAAAAAAA